AAAAUAGAGAGAUACUCUGUAGCUUUGGAGAGAGUGUGUGACAGAGGAGGGUAACAAAGAGUGGAUGGAGGGGGAGAAGAAAAGUAAAUGACAGUGAAAGAAGACCAACAACACACUAAUUAAAGAAAGAAGAGGGUCAGGAGACAGUAUCUGAAAGUGAGCUGAAAAGGGUGGAGGUGGGAGAGCAUAGGACUAAAGAUCCAUAAUCUUGUGAGGUCUCCAACUCCCCACCUCCAAUAGUAUCAAAGACUUGUGUGCAGUCCCUGACCCUCAGGAUGGACUCUUUAAGGACUGUCUGGAUAUGGCUCCUGCUCUGCACGAUAUUCAAAUCCAGUAUUGCCAAGUUCAGCCCAGAGGGCUGGCUGCAGCAGUAUGGCUAUCUGCCUCCAGGUGACCUCAGAACUCACACAUUACGCUCCCCACAGUCUAUGUCUGAAGCCAUCUCUGUCAUGCAAAGGUUCUAUGGGUUGACCGUGACCGGGAAGAUGGACAGCGAAACAGAAAGGGCUAUGAAAAAACCCCGUUGCGGAGUCCCAGAUAAAUUUGGUACUCAAAUAAAAGCCAACAUGAGGAGGAAAAGAUAUGCCAUCCAGGGACUAAAAUGGCAGCACAAGGACAUCACCUAUUGCAUAGAGAACUACACACCCAAAGUUGGUGAAUAUGAGACAUACCAAUCCAUCCGAAGAGCCUUUGCUGUUUGGGAAAGUGUAACUCCACUGCGGUUCCGUGAGGUUCGAUAUGUGGACAUUAGAGAUGGACAUGCAAAACAUGCUGACAUCAUGCUUGUCUUUGCUGAGGGGUUCCAUGGGGACAGUACCCCUUUUGAUGGGGAAGGGGGCUUUCUGGCCCAUGCAUACUUUCCUGGGCCAGGUAUUGGAGGAGACACUCACUUUGAUUCUGCAGAGCCAUGGACAUCCAGAAAUGAUGAUUUAGAUGGCAAUGAUCUGUUUCUUGUGGCUGUUCAUGAACUGGGACAUGCACUGGGUUUAGAACAUUCCAAUGAUCCAUCAGCAAUCAUGGCCCCAUUUUAUCAGUGGAUGGACACUCAGAACUUUCAACUACCAGACGAUGACCGUAGAGGAAUCCAGCAAAUAUAUGGAAGUGGCCGUGGGGAAAGACCACCAACACGUCCACCACGUCCCACACCUGCGCCUCAGCCUACUUCACAUCCAGAUGUCCCUGAUAACCCAAAUGUUCCUUAUGGACCAGAUAUCUGUCAAGGCAAUUUUGACACCAUUACUGUGUUGAGAGGAGAAAUGUUUGUCUUUAAGGAGCGCUGGUUCUGGCGUGUGCGCAAUAACCGUGUAAUGGAUGGUUACCCAAUGCCCAUUGGGCACUUCUGGCGUGGGCUCCCAAACUCAAUAAAUUCGGCAUAUGAACAGAAAGAUGGAAAAUUUGUCUUCUUCAAAGGGGAUAAAUACUGGGUAUUUGAUGAAGCCAUUCUUGAGCCUGGAUAUCCCAGAACAUUAAAAGAAAUGGGCCAGGGAUUACCAACUGACAGGAUUGAUGCUGCCCUGUACUGGAUGCCAAAUGGAAAGACCUAUUUCUUCAGAGGAAACAAGUAUUAUCGGUUCAAUGAACAGACAAGGGCUGUGGAUUCUGAUUACCCAAAGAAUAUCAAAGUGUGGGAAGGAAUCCCUGACUCCGUUCGAGGAGCAUUUAUGGGAAGUGAUGGAGCAUUUACCUAUUUCUACAAGGGUAACAAGUACUGGAAGUUUAAUAACCAGCAGUUGAAGACGGAAUCAGGUUUCCCCAAGUCUGUUCUGCAGGACUGGCUGGGUUGCAGCACCGUCAGGCAACCUGACGAUAAAGAUGAUGAUGACAGAGAAGUAGUCAUCAUUGAAGUUGAUGAAGCCAGUGGAGGAAUAAGCAUGGCAGCUGUUGUAGUUCCAGUGCUCCUUUUGCUUUGUGUCCUGUUCCUUGGACUGGCCGUCUUUAUCUUCAGGCAGUAUGGCACUCCCAAAAGGCUUCUAUACUGGCAGCGAUCUCUGCUGGACAAAGUGUGAGACGUCACAUGUCUGGACCCUCCCCCCCAUUGCUGUCUCUCUGGCCCUCCCAUGCCUCCCUCACACAGAUAUCAUGGGGAGCAUUAAUAGCCUCCUGGGGAGGGAGGAGGGGAGAGAGGCAGUUUUCACCAUCUUUGCCGCUAUUUAUGUGGCACACGAUUGCGUUUAACCCCUCCAUUGCCAGACUGGAGCCAUGUCUUCCAUAAUGGUUAUUGCACGGGUACAAGUUUUAGUUUUCAUUAGCUAUUGGUCGGUAAGUGCUCUCAGUAUAGCCACCACUUGCAGGAGUCAGAGCAGAGAUGGACACCCUCUAAAGGGUCUAGAGACAUUACCUAAAUUAUUAACAGAUGGUGGGUUAUUCUUUACAAAACCCCACAGUCCCUAGCUAAGAUGAAUAGUUUUUUGCUAACUAAAAGACUUAGAUCACCCAGCCUAAACCUUAGUCAUGGCUGGGGUAUGUGGAAGUGCAAGUGGGGGAAGACUAGCCUGUCUGGCCAUGUGAGCUUUUGUCCAAAAGUUGUAUCCUCUGUGCCAUACUGCCAGUAGCACAGCUAGCUAUACCAAGAGCCAACAGAAGGAUGUUAAUAGUCGGUAAAAAGAUUGACUUCUGUAUAUAACUUGGGUAAAAGCUGUGUAUUGGGGUACACAUUUCCAGACUUUGGUGACAAAAGCAGUUUUAACAAUUUGGUAAAAUUUGGGGCCUGAGGUCCAAUUUAAGUUUUAAAAAACAACAACAAAAAAAGCACAAAAAAAAGUUUCAUAGUAACCAACCUUAUGUGUGACAAGGACAAUAAUGUCUUGUCCUUUGGAUUUUCAAGUACUGUCUGUGAUAUAUGAUCUAGAUAAAGUUGAGAUAGGUAAGUGUAUUUUUGCAGAGCAGGAAUCUGUACCUGGAGAAUAAGAGGGACAAGUGUAAGGUCAGUAAAACCCAACUCCUAGAGUGCCUUGAAAACUGCCCUUUAAACCCAUCCAUUGUAUUUCUAAUGCCUCUGUCCUCUACCACCCUCUGUAUUCCAAUGGAUAUAGAAGGAAAAGGCUUCAGUCUCAGGGUCCUCUCCUGGUAUCUGACUUCGAUGAUGUUGAUAGAUGCUUUUAUGUACUUGGUUUAGUCAAUACGUUGCAGGUCCUGGCAGAGGUAGCAUUGUGUAGGCUUACUGUGAUGUAAAGGGGUUGAUCACUGCUCUGAAAGAUCCUUGCAGUUCUCUUGACAGAGAAAGGACUGGGCUCACGAUGUCUCAGUCCAAAACAUUGUUAACGACUGCUCUGCAGGUCUCUGGCUGUGGUGGGGUUAAUCAUGGUUGUUUGGUGCCCCUGUAAUUGG